GCGUCGGGCAGUGCUAUUUAGUUUGACACCAAACCUUCAUAUCCUUCAAUACUGCACAGGUGUUCAGUCCCUGGCCAUGUUCCCAGACCCUGUGCCUUACCCAUUCAGCCAGGUUUGCUGUCUGCAUCUCUCCCUAUCUCCGAGCAGCGCAGUGAGCCUGCUGAGGGUGGCCCUAUGCAUUUUGCGGCCUUUUUAGGCCACGUUCAAGAGUUUCCUGUUGUUUUUUUGCUCAGAAGCUUACAGAGGUCCCUUAACCCUGAUGAUUUUAGCUCUGGCGGAAGCUCUGGCAGAGGAAGGCUUCUGCCAUCUGGUAGUCUUUCAUACCUGAAAAGCCCUGUGUGUGUUUGCAGUGAGGAGUUAUUUUUGAUGCCGGUUCUGACGUUAGCCAUGGGUACUCCUGGAGCAUUGCCAAGUUGUGUAAAUGUCAUUGUAUCCUCUCCCUGUUUUUUCCUUUUUUUUUUUUUUUAGCAUUUCAUUGCUUAUGUUCCUCUGUGCAUUCCACCAGGAUGGAAAUAGAGAAUGUUUGGAGGACCCAGCACAAGGCUCUUCUUUCCAGAGCUGCGGCCCCUGGCUCCCUGCAGAGUGCUGUCACCCUGCGUAGCGAGCAGAGGGGCACUGCACUGAGCCACUGAUGUCCCUCUAGCAGCACGGCAGCACACGAUGCCAGCAGUGUUUCACCGAGAGCCUUGCUCCCAGCUGGAAGGAGGACAGUCUCCAGCAGCCUGAGCAGAAGCCGGGAGAAGGAAGAAAGGAACGUUUGUGCUCUUCACACUGCAGGAGAAGCAUCUUUGCGUAAACUCUGCUCACAGGGCAGGUUAUGGCAAUCUCUUGGAGCAAACGCCAAGCCAGGACAAUCUGGGUCCCAUUUCUGCUGCUGUGCCUGAUAGAGCAGCGGUAACAGUUGUGCCAUCUGUGGAGGAGAGGGUUAUUAACGUCCUGCGGCAAGACAUCUCUUCAGCCUGAGGUUUUUGUGGAUGAAAAGUGAUACAUGAAACUGGAUGUUAUUAAGUUCUACGCAUAUUCAUUUGGGACACUGAUUAAUGGUAUACAUUGAGAGGCAGAAGAUGUUGAAUUUCACAGAGAAUGCAACUGAAAAGUGCAUUAUUGAUCAUAAUAUUCACCAGACAUUAUCCCCUGUGGUGUAUAUAUUUGUAUUUAUCAUAGGAUUCCCAGCUAACUGCCUGUCACUAUACUAUGGGUACUUACAGAUCAAGGCUAAAAAUGAGCUGGGUAUCUACCUUUGCAAUUUGACUGUAGCAGACCUGUUUUACAUAUUCUCUUUGCCUUUCUGGCUCCAGUAUGUUUUACAGCAUGACAAUUGGACCUAUGAUGAACUGCUGUGCAAAAUCUGUGGCAUCCUCUUGUAUGAGAAUAUCUAUAUCAGUGUGGGCUUCCUCUGCUGCAUCUCCAUCGACCGCUACCUGGCAGUCGUGCACCCUUUUCGGUUUCAUCAGUUUCGGACAAUGAAGGCUGCUAUGAUUGUGAGUGCCAUUAUUUGGACCAAAGAAAUAGUGACAUGCUCAUUUGUCUUUGUGCAUGGGGAGAUCAGUAUGGAUGCUGAGAGCCAUGUGGUGUGCUUCGAGCAUUACCCCAUCAAAGAAUGGGAGCACAGUAUCAAUUACUACCGCUUCUCUGCUGGCUUCCUUUUCCCCUUCUUUCUGCUGGCCUUCGCUUACUGUGGCAUUUUACGAGUUGUCCACAGGAGUCAUGGCACUCAAAAGAAGAAGAAAAUUCAAAUUAAACGUUUGGUUUCAAGCACUGUCUUCAUUUUUUUAGUUUGCUUUGGACCAUACCACAUCCUACUUGUAGUUCGCAGUGUGUUUGAGAACAAUUGCUCAUUUGCUGGCAAAAUAUUUAACAUUUACCACACUUCUCUUCUGUUGACUACAUUUAACUGUGUUGCUGACCCAGUACUGUACUGUUUUUCCAGCGAAAGCACUUACCUUAACUUUGUCAAGAUGAGAGACUCUUGCUUAAGGUGUUUAGGAUGUCUAAGGACUGAGACAAAGGAAUCCUAUCAGAUGAAUGCUCCAGAAACUCCCAACAGGCCACAGCAUGAGCAACAGCCGGGGUUAUUACAACCAUCACAUGGUGUUACUGGAAUAAAAGACUCUUCGUCAGCAGAGGCAGGCCACCUAUAGCAUUCAUCAAAAAGGGCGCUCGUAAAAUCUUCCUUUUAUAACUCUGUGUAUCCACUGGAUUUAUCUGUGUAUUACAACUGUUUCACAUUCCAAAGGCCUUUUAGCAGUGCAGUACAGUGAGGUAGUCUUGGGAGCUACCUGGACCUUAGGUACAGUCACAUUCAGUCAACUGGUGUGGACUGAAAAACCACACUCAUGGUGUGGUUCUGUUGAAAUCAGCUUUCCAUGCUGUUUGUCCCUGUAGCAGCUGGUGAAAAAAAUCUCCAUAAGCUGUUCAACAGGUUGGAAACAGCACAAAAUUAAUUUUAAAAGGAGAAAAACAACGGAUUUCUGCAGAUUUCUGUAACUUUCUGAAAUAACUCCUCCAGCAAGUUUCAAGGUGAGCAGAGACGCUGCAGGAGCCAACCUGCUAUAACAACUGAUGAAGUAAUGUGGUAUGUUCUGGGACAACAGGCACAGAAACCCAGCAUCACAUGAGAACUUUGAUUUGUGCAUUGACUGUUGAAUCUCAUCACAAGGCUUUUAUUGACUUCCAGAGGUGUGAGAUCUUUUGGCUCAGAUGAGGAUAAACAAUUCAAGCUGUUGAUUUGGAAAAGGAGAUUCAUAGUAAGUGAGGCACUUCUAACUCAUGCAUUCCUUUGAGUCAAUGUGUCCAAAGGUGAAUUUAGUUGUAUCUAAAUUCUACCAGACUUUGCUAAGAUUUUGAUUGCGUCCUUCCAAAUUUGUGUGUCUUGUGCAGCACAGACCAUGCGGGCAAUAAAUAACAAUGCGUUUGUCAGUGAAACUCUUA